AUGAGUUUCGGUGCUAGAUGGUUAAGAUGGAUGGAUGGUUGCAUUUUUACUAGUAGUAUAUUAGUCAUUAUCAAUGGUAGUACUACUAAGGAUUUCAAGGGGUUUAAGAUCAACGAUGUCGAGGAAAUGAAUAUGCUUCGAUUCGUGGAUGACACCAUUAUCUUGGCGGAAGGAGAUACCGCGAACUUGUGGAUUAUGAAAUCUAUUCUUAGGGGUUUUGAGAUGAUGUCGGUUGAUAGUCUCCCGUUUAAAUUUCUUGGUGUUAGAGUGGGCGAUAGUGCGAGGAAGCUAUCUAUGUGGAGGGAUUUGAUUUUGCUUUUGAAGAGGAGGUUAGUCGCGUGGAAGAGAGUGCAUCUUAACAUUGCGGGUCGAGUGUGCUUGAUUAAUUUUGUGCUAAAUGCUAUUUCCAUUUAUCUUUUCAAUAUUCUAAAUGAGAUUCGAUCUAUUCAAAGUAAUUUCCUUUGGAACGGGAGUGAUAUCAAAAGGUCGAUCCAUUGGGUGUGUUGCGAUACCGUUUGUAAAACUCGUGAAACGGGAGGUUUAGGAGUUAAGAAUGUGGAGGUGAUGAACUCCGCUUUACUAAGCAAAUGGAAGUGGAGAAUUUUAACGGAUAAAGAGGGUGAGGUUGUUUGGCGUGGAAUUCUUUCAUCUAGAUACGACAACGUGAAGAUGAAGGUUCUCAUUGGCGAUAUCUCUAUUGUGGAGAAAAGUAACUCAAUUUGGUGGAGAGACAUUUUAGUAUCUGAUAAUUAUGUGUAUUUGCUGGAUCAACAUUUUGCAGGGGUUGUGUAUUACAAUGUAGGGAAUGGCAACAACGUACCUUUUUGUUACAGUAGCUAG